GCUGAGAAGUUUAAGUAACUUCCCCACAGUUACUCAUCAGAGACAGAUGUUUCAUCCUGCACAUGUGAAGCAAGUAGACUAACAUAGAUGGAGGGUAAAUUCUUGUAUCUUGCACUUCUUGUUUUUCUAGCCAUCUCUGGGCAUCUGUCAUCAUCGUUGUCUAUCCAGCAGAGAAAAGUCUCUCCCUCAGGCACCAGGAAGGGUCAAAGAACAGGUGUGAACAUCUGAGGAGCUCUGUAUUUGCAGCUUUGGUCACGAGUUCUGAACCCUCAUGAACUUGUGUUGCUGGCUGAAGCCAAAUCAGGGUACAGGAUGUUGUUCUCUCAGGUUCCAGAAUGAAUCCAAGCCCAUGAUGUGGGAAAUAAAGCAACACACAACAGCUUUCUGAAAGUUGGAACUAACUCCUUUGACUCAUUUGGAAAAGACUCAGAACAGGAACAGCUGUCUGUGCUGGCAGCAUUAGGAAGGGCUGCUGGAGAAGACAGGAAGAGCCCUAUCUGAUCAUUAUCGGGAGUGGAGAAAAGCCAUGUGUUAACUUUUCCUUUUGACGUGUGCAAUUAGUUUGGCUCAUGUGGAAGAAACAUGUCAAGAAGUCCCAUUGGCGCCAGCAUUUUCUUGCAUUCAGCCAUGGGCAGAGUUGCAGUUGUUUCCUCUUGCUUCCUUCUGGGAUCCUGUGCCAGGGCAGGAGGUUUAACUCUGCCAGAGGUUAGAAAAGAGGUUGUUUGUCUGAAGAGACAAGGGUGUGGUGAAAAUAUUCCAUGCCAGCCAAGUGAACUGAAACACUAUCUGAAUUACAAAGCAAGCUGGAAAACAAGAUUUAACUGACAGAAGAUCUGGAUCACACCUGUGCUGAGAGGCAGAGAGAACAUGAGUCCCAGGCCAUGACUCUGGAGGCCAUGGUGAACCCCGGCGGCAGCUCGCAGCCGCCCCCGGUGACGGCGGGCUCCCUCUCGUGGAAGAGGUGCGCCGGCUGCGGGGGGAAGAUCGCCGACCGCUUCCUUCUCUACGCCAUGGACAGCUACUGGCACAGCCGCUGCCUCAAGUGCUCCUGCUGCCAGGCCCAGCUGGGGGACAUCGGCACCUCCUGCUACACCAAGAGUGGCAUGAUCCUCUGCAGGAACGACUAUAUCAGGUUAUUUGGAAAUAGUGGUGCUUGUAGUGCCUGUGGACAGUCCAUUCCUGCUAGUGAGCUGGUCAUGAGGGCACAGGGCAAUGUCUAUCAUCUUAAGUGUUUUACAUGCUCUACCUGCCGGAAUCGCCUGGUCCCUGGAGAUCGGUUUCACUACAUCAAUGGCAGUUUAUUUUGUGAACAUGAUAGACCUACAGCUCUCAUCAAUGGCCAUUUGAAUUCACUUCAGAGUAAUCCACUACUGCCAGACCAGAAGGUCUGCUAAAAGGUCAGAGUAAUGCAGAAUGCGUGCCUUCAUCUCAAAUUUUGUUCAUCACAGAUGGAUCCCAUGUCUCCAAGUAGACAAGUCACCUUUGUAGCUAGCAUCAAUGCCAGCUCCAUACCAUUGCACCUUCUUUAUUCUUGAUUGCCCUUCCCACAUUUAUUGGUGUAUUAAAAUGACUGAAUAUGAACAUUAAGGACUCCAUGAACCUGGGCUAAUGGGAGACUGUAGAGAAAAUGAAAAAAUGAUCCACCGGAGGACAUCUUGGGGGGGGUGGGUGGGGAAGAUGACUAAUGAAGCUAAUUAAAAGAAGCAUUGAAAUCUGCUUUCUACCCUCAUUAACAAUUAGCAGGGCACUGGCCAGUUUGUACCCUGUGUUUUACCUUAACAACAUUCUAUUUGCUCUUUGUAUAUUUAAGUGUUGUAAGGAAAUGUGUUUCAAUCAAACCGAACAUGAGAUAAAGAUGUGGCUUUUGUGAUAUUCUAUCACAAACACUUUUAUUGUAUCUCUGUAAAAUACAAUGUAUGUAUGCAUGUAAGUGUUUUUGUCCUGAUGUUGCUACUUCCCAUGGCAAAAAAAAAAACAAAAAAAAAAGAAAAAAAAAGAAAAAAGUCAGGCUCAUAGCAGCUACUGUGUAGAAAUUUUCACCUACUUCUAAUUUGCUGAAUGAAGAAAAAUCUUUUAUUUGUGAUAUUUUCAGAGACAUUUGCUCUAGUAUGGUGUAUUUAAAUAAUAAAAAAGUAAAACAAAACUGAAUUGAGUAUGGGUUUUAGAAGCUUUGUUUUGUUUGGGUCUUUUUUAAUACUUCAU